AUGUGUUGCUCAUUUCUUGGACAACUCGUCUAUGGAGCACUGAUGUUAGUCGCACUCGGACUAACAGUAGCUUCUAUGUUCUCACCAGGUUGGACGAAAAUUAAAGAUCUGACUGACGAAUCACUCCAAAAUAUGUCUCACAUCACGGCUGAGAUCAAGGAUGGGAAGGUGAAUAUACCGAAAGUCAACGGCAUAUUUCCGUUCUUGUGUCGAAUGCCCGAAGGUACAUCCACCCCUCACAACUCCACAGAUGAUGGCGGCUCCACUGCCCUCCUCAUUCUCGCUGCUGAUGAAAACAGUAUAGACUAUUGUGAAAACUUUUGGAAUAAUCUACCGACUUGGGAGAAAGUAGUUGUCGCAAUGAUGUGCCUAGCCUUGAUCACGGAGGUGAUAGCAUUGGUAGUGACACUGGUGACAAUUUGUGCUUGCUGUUGCAAGAAGGCUUUCAUGUUCUUGUUGCCUGUCUUGGCACUUCUCAUUUCGAUAUUCCUGCUCGUUGCGGUGGUCACCUUUGCGAUCAAAAACAAACAUUUCCUUGACGACGUUAUCAGUAAGGUUGAUACGAAGAGUAUGACUGUUGACAAAUCUGGAGCGGAAGACAGCAUUAAACAAAACAUGAAGACAGAGGCAGGAUACAGUUUCUAUUUGGCCGUUGGAGCACUGAUUGCGGCUGCCGUCGAUGUCGUCGUUGGCUCGUUGGCGCAAUGUUUUGCGAAAUGUUUCUUGUAA